GUAUCAACUCAUUUCUCGGAUUAUCGCCGAUGGUGAUUGCUAACACCAUCUUUCUCUAGGUAUUUAGAGUGUUCGAAAGUACUCCACUUGAAAUGAAACCAACAAUAUCGAAUACCAUUAAUCUUCCGACUCCGAUCAUGACCCGCCAUAUUAGAAUCGAGGUUUUGGAGGCCGCUCAGGAGAUCAACAUGAGGCUCGAUUUCAUUGGCAUGAGCGCCAUCAAAUCGUACAAUUAUCACCCUUAUAUGGGUCAGAACUACACAUUGGAUCAUGUUGUCCCAAGUGGUUUGACUAGUGCCGGCGUGCUAACCACAAUAUCUUACUCGCUCUCCAAGAAAGAAGUCAUCUGUCCAGGUGGUGAAAUUGUUUAUCGAGCAAAGGUAGAAAAUAUUGGAUCCUCAUGGGCCCGCGGCUUUACUUUGUAUCAAGGGUCCAAGACAUUUUAUGUCCAAGUUAAAGAGAACAAUCGGAGGUUUUUGCUCACUAUCGGUGGAACCAUGGGAAGUGGUGCCAAUGACAUGGACUUUGAAAUGCCACAUCGGUUUUACUCAAACGUUGGCCAGGCCUUUGAGAUCAAGGUCAAUUGUGAACGAGAUCGCAUGGAGGUAUUUUUCAAGGGCGAUCACGUUCAAACCGUAUAUUCGACACAUUCGGGAAAUGUCAUUCCAACCAUUGACAGGAUCCAAGCUGGAAGCAGCUCUCACGCUUCAAACGUGUUCAUCCGUUUCAAGGAUGUCCAACCUAUUGGUUUGUUGUGGCCAUUCAUGGCGGCUAAUUCUCACGAUUUCCCCACUUCUCUCAGCGGUCUCAAUGUAAUGAGCUCGUUUGCUAUUGCUGAAUCCGAGGGUGCAUAUUUCCAGAUGUACUCGACGGGUGACAAAGAUUUCGGUUAUAAUCCAAUCGAAUUCGUACACAACUGCUAUAAUACCAUUACUGGAAAUGUGCGUUGCUUCCCCGGGUCUUUGGUGAGAAGCACCAACUUGUUCGGAGGCGACCUUGACGGCAAAGAAACCAAAGAAUGUCCAAGUGGUUUUAAUUACUUGGGCAAAGAGUGCGUGAAGCUAGACACCAUCCUCAGAAGUGAGACUUAUUGGGAUGCCAAAAAAAAGUGCUCCGAAAAGGAUCACAUGCUCUACGUGCCUACUGAUCAGGAUCAGAAUCUAGCCUUCCGAGCCUCACUCAGACACAAAUCUGACACCCCAACCAGUCACGAUAUUUGGAUUGGUGUGGAACUUGCUUCGACAUCCGACAUUUGGAUGACCGUUCAGGGGGCUGAGCUGACUGCCAUGACGUCGGAUUGGGCCCCUGGUUAUCCUGAUAUGACGUUUUCGGAAGCCAAGUGCGCCAUAGCGUCAAAGGUUCUAGAUUACCAGUGGAUGAAUGUGGAUUGCUACCAACCUAGACCAUACCUGUGCUCACCUAUGGCUCCUGCAUGCCCUAAAGGCUACACGUGGAUUCCAGAGGCCGGACGCUCGUGCUUCAAGAUUACGGAGCCCUUGGGGCAACCGCCAUCAUACAUGAGUUCUGAUUCGAUACAUAUGGCGCACGAUAUGUGCCGAGCCGAGGGCACAAGGCUGGCUGUGUUUCAAACGGUGGAGGAACGAAACGCCGUAACGGAUUGGAUUAAGACUCAGGAAACUCACCAAAUUCACAAUAUUAAAGCCCGCUAUUGGUUGGGCACCACUCAAGUGGAUAACAAUACAUUUGUUCAUGUCAACAAAUUUGAUCCGGUUACCGGAGAAGCGACAAGCUCUGGUUCUACUUCCAUGUCUCUCCCUUGUGGACAAUUGCAAAUGAGUGGGGGUCAUUUGAACCAAGUCCGAGUGAAUUGUUUCAAAGAAGAUCCUUCGUUCGUUUCUUACGGUCUCUGUCAAUCAUCUCAAUGCUUCACGACCUCUGGAAUGGUUUGUGCCUUUCCUUUUCGCACCAAAACUGAUAGGGAUCACAAUCACAUUGAUGGCAUGGAAGCCGAUUGCAACGCCGAUUGCUCGGUCAAUAAUUGUCCCAUUGGUUACCAAAGACUGUAUGGAACACAAACUUGCUACAAGCUUUCUCCAAGUCAUCCAGCUAAAAUGGCAUCAAGUUUUGAACGUGCUCAAGAUUCUUGCUCUUUGGACGGUGGACGCCUCCUCCAACCCCGGUCUAAAUCAGCCUUGCAGACCAUGAAAAAUGUUGAACAAUUCACGGUGUUUCAAUCGACGAUCAUUUCACAUGUAGCACUAGGAUUGAUGGUGCAUUUCGAAUCAGGGCAUGUGAAGCUCUACUAUUCUGAUGGAACUAUGGUACCAUUCAAAGUUCAGGAAUCGAUGAUGGAAUGGGACGACAGAUUCCCAGAAGAAGAUACUACUAAAGCUUGCGUGGCAAUAAUGACUGUUACUGGCAAGCUAAGAAAUGUUCCGUGCCAAGGCUACUUUAAUGGGACCAAUGAAGGUCACGGCAAAUUGGGCUACAUUUGUGAGGCUCGUCCGAUUGAAACUUUGGAAGCAGACCCAAUUCAAGUUUGCCACUUGCCCUUCAUUUAUAACUCAACCAGGCACGUGGGUUGUGCUCAAUCUGUUCACGCCUCCACUGAAAUGGACACCCAAGGCUUCCCUUGGUGCGCUACGGAAGUGAAUGAUCGAGGAGAAAUGGUUCCAGGCAAAUGGGACAAGUGCCGUGAUGAGCGAACCAUCGCCUAUGACAAUGCCGUGGGACACUAUUGCUCCGUGCCUUUCCUGAUGAAUAAAAGGUAUUAUGAUUCGUGCACCCGCCAUGCAACCACUCCCUCUGCCCUGAAUCGUUAUUAUUGGUGCCCCAUACCAAGUGAGGCAUCCCUGAAUGUUUCAUAUUCAAAUGUGGGUAUAAAAGGAUCCUGCACCGACUUUCUAAUCCCGGAAGAAAACGGAUGUGGAGAUCACUAUGAUGACGUAGGAGAUAUGUGCAUGAGGGUCUCUACGUUUCCAGUCAAUUUUGACGAGGCUGUGGAGGCUUGCAAUCAGGAUGGUGCAGAUUUGAUCGCUAUCGUUGACGACGUUAUUCGCGACGCUGCAAUUAAAUUGAUUGAAAAGAAACGGCUCCAGUUUGAGCACUUUCGAAACAUGAACUACUUUUGGAUCGCUGGAAGGUUCAGUAAUCAGAGCCAAUGGCACUGGACCACUCACUUCCAACCGUUCAAUAAGUAUACACAAUGGCAAGCCAACACUCCAAACUACGCUUGCAAGUCCACGGGUUGCACUCACCUAAACGCACUUCUGAUGCAACGUGACGAAGACUAUUCUUGGCGGGCAGCUGAUUUGGGGGAGCAGUUUGGCUACGUGUGCUUAUCGAAGUGUUCCAAGGGUUACACAUGGUACUCCAAAGUGCAGAAAUGCUUGAAGGUAGUUUCGUAUGGGGCUCAAAAUGAGAAAAAGAGGAAUUUACCACAGUCUUUAGUGCAAUGUGGAAAGGAUCAAGGGUCAUUGGUCGCUCUUCGAAGUUGCCAGGAGAUGGAAAUGCUGAAUCAGCAAUUGGCCGACUUCUUUUACCCCGUAGACCAAGUGUUCCAGAUCGGAGUUUUUGGAUUCCUGAAAGACCCACAAGCUAACCGACAUGCCCCUACCGAUCAGCUCACCGACAGCCGGGGCUAUUCAAUGGGGUUGUCCACUACGUUUGAAAAAUCAAGGGGUCUGUGCGACGCCAAGGAUUCAUUGCUGACCGACACAUUGGAAGAAUCCAAAACUUAUGGAUUUGGGCUGAAGCGUGCUAAAGGAGGUUUAGUGACCUUUCAUCAAGAGAUUAUGGUUCAAGCAUCCCAAAUGAGUUCGUAUGGAUAUAUUUGCCACCAAGAGCCCAUCUUUGGAUGUCCGGAAGGCUAUGCUAUUUUCCAAGAUAAAUGCAUCAAAGUAUUCCACCAAGAGCAAACCAAGAUUGACGCAGAAAUGACUUGCCGAAAGAAUGGAGCUCAUCUGGCUAAACCGACCACGCAUUUGGAGAUUCAAUUCAUCGACGAGCUUGUUCGAGAGUCUGAGAGGGAAAUGGGCAUCACGGACUUGCGAGAUUAUUGGCUGGGAUAUAAUCGGCAACUUGACGGAGAUAUGGACCCCUUGGGAUUAUGGAACACCACCAAACAUCGUUGUAAUUGUCUUGGACUUCCUGCCAAUAAUAUUUCGGGUUUAUUUGAAGAUGGAGACAAGUGUAUGUUGAAAAGCUGGUCCAAACUCAAUGUGACCGAGGCGUCAAACAUGUGCCAAUCGUUCAACGGAAUGCUAGCCACUGCUGCUACCGAGGAUGAAUAUAAACAAAUUAUCUCCUACUUAGGUAAAUCGAAUUGUUUUCAAUCUGCAAUAAUGAGCAAGGGUUUCAUUCUGUAUUUCAUGGAGUCCAGUAGAACUCUCUCCCUUGGCCUGCCAUGUAAUGGAUCUCAAAACGGGCAACCAAUGGUUGUUGGACUGGAAAAUCCAAGUGGAUUGUCUUGCACUGCGCCCAGCUCCUGUGGUUUCCUUUGGAUGGAUGAAAAUAACACGCCCGCCAAUUUCAGCACCUUCUCCGGAUCCAAAAUACCAGAGUUGAAAGGGGAUGUUGAAUCACGUUGCGUUGGAAUCACGGACUCUGGGAACUUUGAAACCGUCCUUUGCUCUGAUGAGAUGACCUCGUUGUGUCAACUCCAAUGCCCAAGAGAUCAAGACGUGAAGCCAACUCUGCUGGAAAAUAUGGCCGAACCUGUGGUCUUGGCGCCACUGAACAAGGCUCUAGGUUCGAAAGAUAUUUCCAAACAGGGAAUUGUUCUCGAAGACCAUUUUGUGGGCUAUGCUUCCCUUUGGGCAAAGAGCCGAUUGAUCGGAUAUCCAAUGUUGGGUGGGCAAUCCAUGAGUGGAUUAAGCUACAUUGAGAUCAAAUCAGGUCCAGAGAAGUUCGUGUCUGGAACAGGAUUGACAGUCAUGUUUUGGCUCAAAAUUGAUCAAAGCCCAAUGGACAAUUUCCCUUUACUGGUCUGCUCCUUCUCAUUUGAUGAAAUCAAGGAUGAAGGCACAUUCUAUAACGGAGACAAAUUUGGAUACAACCAAAACGAAAUGGAUCACAUCCCAUCCUACGUUCACUUCCACAAACAUUGCCAGAACGCUUCCAGCCAAGUUACUGAUCCUUGUCCAGAAGGGUUCGACUUCUUUGAUGGCAUGUGCUACAAGAUCGCCAUUAGUUUGGCCAGUUUCAUUGAGGCAGAAAUUGCUUGUUCCUCGAAUCGCGACGAAACGGGUCGUUACCGGUCGCAAUUGAUGUGGACCCGAAAACGCGAGCACUACGAGUUUGUGCAACGUGUCUUGGUUGAAAAAGUCGGCGAGAGCGAAUUCUGGGUCGGAUUGGAUGAUUUGGCAGGAUUGGGCGAGUUUGAGACGAGCACGGGUGGAGAAUUCGUCAAUCGAAGCGAUCCAAUCUGGGCCAUUUUGAAUGCUGGACAAGGGGAUUGUGCCAAGAUUCCAGGACCAAAUGGAGGCUUUUUGACAACAGAUGUUUGUUCGAAACCUUUGGCCUACGUGUGCCAACAACGCCCCUUGUACGAGUCUCCUGAUAAUCAUUGUCCCGACGGAUUCUUUUCAUACAAGAGCUCUUGUUUGUUGCCAGUCAGGGAGGAAAUGGAGUUCAAUCAAGCACAGAUUCAUUGCGGUCUUCAUGGGUCAUCUUUGUAUGCCAGCAAGUCUCUCGCGGAUUUCCAGUUUAUCAAGCAAUAUGCCCGGAAUCAUAGUACGAAUAACGAACCCACUUGUGCCCCUGGCUAUGACCUACUUGGCCAUGUCACUGAUGGGCGAACCUGUUACAAAGUAACCAACACAACCAUUCUGGGUACUUUUGAUGAGGACGUUUGCAACGCUCAGUACGACGAAUCCAGAUGGUUAGGAACACCUGAUACCAAAUUAUACACGGAGGAGGUGAUCGGACUGAUGAGGCCAAAAGCUGCAACGGUUUGGGUUGGGGGAGCUUUAUCUUUUGAAGGGAUUUGGCAAGACGGAAUAGGUGAAGAGCUAACAAACCUUGCUCAAGACAUGACCGAUCUAAGAUUUUCUGGCCAAUGGAUUGGUCCCAAUAGUGCUCUCAUUAACACAACAGGCUGUGUGAGCUUAAAUGUGAACGGAGUACUUCAAGUUCACUAUAACGACUCUUGCCAGAAUAAUUUGAAGCAAAGCCUUUGCGAACAAAGAGUGUGCUACACAUCCCACGGAAAGCAAUGCAUAUUUCCCUUCAACUAUUGGAACAUUACCGAGGAAGGAAACCGCAAUGAAAUCACUUAUAACAAGUGCUCCACUUUGGGACUCCAUCGGCCUUGGUGUCCAACCGCCCUUAAUGCGGAAGGAGCAAUUCUGGAAUGGGGUGAUUGUGUACCAGAUUGUCCAUCUGAAGAGGCAGAAGUGGCCUGUUUGGAAGAACCCGAUUUCCCGGAAUUUGUGCAGGACGACGAAAGUCGGUACUUUCGAAAUUAUUCCACCACUUAUGAGCAAGGGUCGGCGGUGGUCAUCAAGGAGAUGGACUACGUGUCUUUCGAGUGCCCGGAUGGAUUUGUUUUCGAAGGUUCCACGAACAUCACGCAUUAUGCAGUUUGUCACAACUGGGAGUACCAAUACUUGUUCGACAAAUCGGCUAAAUGCGAGCCCGUGGUUUGCCCUUGUCCUCCUUGGUUCGCCAAUAACUCGAUAGAGGGUACAUCAGAUUGGCACAAUGAAGGCGGUGCAACCAAGUGCCCAGAGGACCAAUCUGUACUCUAUGCAUUCAAAAUGGCCCAGAUUGGAUCGCUUCGAUUGACGAAUUCUCUCACCCGUGCUCGUCUCAACUCGCCCAAUCCUGCCAAAUCAUCCAAUCCGACCGAGAUUCCGCUCUCGCGACUUUCUCAACCAAGACACGUUGCCAAGAAACCCUGGCGCCCAUCUCUCUCAACAACAUGGGGUGAUUGUGUACCAGAUUGUCCAUCUGAAGAGGCAGAAGUGGCCUGUUUGGAAGAACCCGAUUUCCCGGAAUUUGUGCAGGACGACGAAAGUCGGUACUUUCGAAAUUAUUCCACCACUUAUGAGCAAGGGUCGGCGGUGGUCAUCAAGGAGAUGGACUACGUGUCUUUCGAGUGCCCGGAUGGAUUUGUUUUCGAAGGUUCCACGAACAUCACGCAUUAUGCAGUUUGUCACAACUGGGAAUACCAAUACUUGUUCGACAAAUCGGCUAAAUGCGAGCCCGUGGUUUGCCCUUGUCCUCCUUGGUUCGCCAAUAACUCGAUAGAGGGUACAUCAGAUUGGCACAAUGAAGGCGGUGCAACCAAGUGCCCAGAGGACCAAUCUGUACUCUAUGGUACUAAUGUGACGUACACGUGUCCAGAAGGAUAUGUCUUUGAAACACCCCAGUUGAUAGCUUUCCAAGAGGAAACGAGUGUUUUAACGCUAACGUGUGAAAAAUACGCCGAUUGGAGCCCGGGUGUGCAACCCAACUGUAUCCCUGUCAAUUGCACGAAUGAUCCGCCUCAAGUGAAUAACGACGACAAAGGUUGGUCCAAUUGGGAUCUGGCGGUGAGGAACAAGAGCUAUCUGCAUGAGAUCACUUACAGUUGUCCGUUGAAAUAUUGGGGAUUUCCAAGCACUGGCGAGUACACCAAAACCAUAUCUUGCUUAUCUUCGAAGGUUUGGAACGAGACACACAUCGAAGAUUGUGUUCAGCUCCCAUGCAAAGAACUUCCCCCUCCUCCUCCAAAAGGUGGAUGGUCGUGGUUCGAAUUUGAUUAUUCCAGAUAUAAGUGCCCAAAUGGCUUUAUGUUUGAAGACGGCUCGUUUCCUUAUUGGUAUGCCAAUUGCUCUGCCAAUCGGCAAUGGAACCCCGUUGAGGUUUUGCUGUGCAUCCCGAGAAAAUGCGCAAAAGAUCCUCCCGAACCUUUCAUGAAUAUGGAACAAGAUUGGCCGAAAAAGAAUCACGAUUUGGGAACCAAAGUCGAAUAUCAAUGCGGGUAUAAUCGAAUUACUGAGAAGAAGCGAAUCACGAGUAAGAAUAAUUCACUUCUAAACGUUUUGCAAAUAAGUUUCGUUUUAGUUAUUCCUUUUUAUGCCCAGCAUUUGCACGGACAAAAACUAAUCAUAAGCAAAAGCUUCGAGCAAUUUUAA